AUGAAUUCCCCCUACCUUGCAACCCUUUUUGCCAUUUUAGUUGCAAUCUUUUUCUCCAAAAAUGUUUUCCUUGGGGCAGAAUCGGCAACUCUAAGCACAGACAGAGAGGCCCUGCUCUCUUUCAAGUCUCGGGUAAGUAUGGAACAACCUAAUGUUCUAUCUACUUGGGAACCAAACUCCUCCCCUUGCAACUGGACAGGAGUAGUUUGCAACGAACUCGGCCAGAGAGUGGUUGAGCUUGAUCUCUCCGACAUGGGAAUAACUGGUUCCAUAAGCCCUCAUAUAGGCAACCUCUCAUUUCUUAGAUCACUUCAACUUCAGCAUAACCGAUUCAAGGGAACACUCUCUGAUCAACUUGGCAAUCUUUUUCGUCUGAGGAUUAUGAACACGAGCUCCAACAGCAUAGAAGAUGGAUUGAUACCUAGUGAGCUGUCUCGUCUUCGAAAUUUGAAGCAGCUAGAUCUCACCAUUAACAAUCUCACUGGCACUAUACCACCAUCCAUAUACAACAUGUCUUCACUGGUGAAUUUAGCUAUGGCGUCCAACGAUUUGUGGGGUGAUAUUCCUAACGAUGUUGGAGUUACACUCCCAAACCUUCUAAUCUUAAAUUUGUGCAUCAAUAAAUUCACUGGUACUAUUCCAGGGUCUUUGCACAACCUCACAACGGUACAAGUCAUUCGACUGGCAGACAACUUGUUGCACGGGACGGUACCACAAGGACUGGGAAAUCUUCCGGACCUUCAAAUGUACAACAUUGGGUUCAAUAAGAUCGUUAGCUCCGGUGAAAGUGGUCUCGAUUUCAUUGCAUCUUUGACGAAUAGAACCCGUCUCCGCUUCCUUGCAAUUGAUGGCAAUCUUCUAGAGGGUGUAAUUCCAGAGUCCAUAGGCAAUCUUUCCAAGGUUCUCUCAAAUUUAUACAUGGGAGGGAACCAUAUUCAUGGAAAUCGUAUCUCCGGCAUAAUUCCAAGUUCCUUAGGUAAUCUCCAAAAGCUGAAUGAUAUUGAUCUAUCAUGGAAUGCAUUGGUGGGCAGCAUACCCACGAGUUUUGUGAAUUUUGGGUAUUUGAUCUCAAUGGACUUGUCUCAUAACAAGCUCAAUGGAAGCAUACCCAAGGAAAUUCUAAAUCUCCCAAGUUUAAGAACCUUCUUCAAACUUUCUAACAAUUUCCUAUCUGGGCCUCUGCCUCAAGAAGUUCGAUUCCUACAAGGGGUUGGCACAAUUGACCUCUCUGGCAACCAUUUGUCAGGUAACAUUCCCAUGUCAAUUGGUAUGUGUAAGAGCUUGGAGAAAUUGUUUAUGGCCAACAACAUGUUCUCAGGUCCUAUUCCAGAUACUUUAGUAGAAGUGAGAGGCUUGGAAACUCUUGACCUCUCCUCAAACCAACUCUCUGGUUCAGUCCCUCCUGACAUACAAAACUUGAAUGCCCUGCAACUGUUGAACCUCUCUUUCAACAACCUUGAAGGUGAAAUUCCCACUGGUGGGGUUUUCUCAAAUAUCUCUAGAGUCCAUCUGGAUGGCAACCCAAAGCUUUGCUUGUAUUCGGCAUGUGAAAAUAGUGGUGGUCGUGGAGUACAAUUGAUUUUGAUUAGUGUUAUAAUAACAAUUGCUGUUAUAUUAACACUUUGUUUCACUGUUGGUUUGUUGUUCUACAUAAGAAAAGGCAAAGCAAAGGCCAUGGCAUCAUUUGACUCCUCCAAGGGGCAACAACACCAAAUGGUCUCUUAUUAUGAACUUCGUCUUGCAACUAAAAAUUUCAACCAAGAAAAUCAGAUUGGACAUGGCAGUUUCAGAACUGUUUACAAAGGGUAUUUUAGAGAAGGAAUCACCAUCGCGGUUAAGGUCCUUGACACACAAAUAAUAGGUUCUCGGAAGAGUUUUUUUGCGGAAUGUCUAGCUUUGAGGAACACCAGGCACCGAAAUCUUCUUAAACUGAUCACCUCAUGCUCGAGCUUAGAUUUCAAGAAUAUGGAAUUUCUUGCUCUGGUUUACGAGUUCAUGAGCAAUGGGAGCUUAGAUGAUUGGAUUAAGGGAAAGAGAAUGAAUGUUGAUGGGGGUGGAUUAGAUAUUGUUGAUAGAAUGAAUGUGGCAACUGAUGUUGCAAGUGCCAUAAACUAUUUGCAUCAUGAGUGA